AUGCAGGUUCACUGGGAUCAUGUAGGCGAGCCCCGCAAAUUUCCCACCUCUACUUUCGUCGUCGGUCAUGGAGCACUCUCACUCUUAGCUGGCACUUCCCCCAAGUUUCGCGGAAGCCCCUCUUUCUUCGAACCCGAUCUACUACCCCCAGGACGCAGCAUCGAGCUUUCCAACCCCCGGGCGCACGCAGAGAAGCAGGAUUCCGCCGUGGCGCAAGGCACGCUGAGCUUCGGCGGCCCAAGGCUUGCCCACGGAAUACUCCCACAGAUUCUCGAUCUGUUCAACGAUGGCUCGCUCCUCAUCUUCAACGCUCCGGGUCAUCUCCCGGGGCACAUCAACAUACUUUCCCGAACCGCAGACGGCCGUCGAGUCUAUCUGGGUGGCGAUUCGUGUCAUGACCGGCGACUGCUGACUGGCGUAAAGGAGAUUGGGGAGUGGACCGACGCCAAAGGGCACGUGUGCUGCAUCCAUGCUGACCGUGAGGAAGCGGGGGAGACGAUCCGGCGGACGAGAAUGCUGGAGCAGGAGGGUGUGGAGGUUAUCAUUGCGCACGAUGAUGAGUGGGAGGAUAACCCUGCGAAUAAGACUAGGUUCUUUGGAGCUGGGUGA